UUGACAGGUCAAGGUCGAUAAAACUGGAUGAAAAUUUCGAAUUCAAACUAUUUUUGUAGAUAUCAAUAUUUGAUGAAUGAGUAUCAUGUUUUCAGCAAUAUCUAUAAGACUAUAAUCACAAUACUAUAAAUUGAUCUUCAUAGGUUUUAAAGACGGAAAUUUCUUGUUUAAUUAUAAUUUUGACAGCUUCGAAUCUAACGCUUACAUCCCGUCAUGCAAUGUAAUUCCCGCGGUAAAUUAUUUACAUAAUGUAAUAUUUUUUACACUUCUGACAUAAAAGAUUGUGGGAGAAUGGUUGGUAAGAGACAGCUCCGCAGCAGGUCCAGUGGACAGAAGUCAACAGAAAAUGAAAACUCUGGUUCUUUGGCAAAGAAAGCAAAAACACUGAGUUCUGGGAAAACAACAAAGAAAAAAUGUGGCAUAGAAGAAAAGCAAUGUGAAUUGGAGACUUUUGAGAAAACCCCUCUCACUGCUGUUGAUAAAAACAAAAUAUUUCUUAGAACAGAAAGAAGUCUGUCUACUGAAGCAAGAAGAGAAAGUAGUUGCGAUAAAACUAGUGACUGUCUUGACAGAGAAAUAGAAACUAAUGUACUAACGUCUCCAGCAAAGACAGACCAAGCUGAAACUACUCCAGUUAAAGCAACGGUGGAAAUUCUUAGCCAUGUGGAAGCAAGAACAUCACAUUCUAAUGCAGAAGACUCCUUUCUGAAAGACUUAAUGAAGUGUGGAUUAAAGGAAAGACAAUCUCAGCCAAAAAUAAGACCGUUCAAGCCUGUAGCAGAAACCAGUCAAAAUAUGAUGCAUGUUUUUCAGCAGUUCAGUUAUGGAAUGAAAUGUAGAGUGCAAAUACAGGAGGCAGUAAAGAGCCCAGUGAUAAACCUGAACAAGGACUUUGAACUCUACAGAACAGCAAGUCCAUUUGAUCGGAGAGUAACCGCAAUGGAAUGGCACCCGACAAAACCGAGCAUUCUAGCUGUAGGGUCGAAAGGUGGAGACAUUAUUCUGUGGGACACAGACAAUGUGCACAAGGAUAAGUUUGUACAUGGGAUUGGAGCAGCAGGCUCAUGUCAAGCUAUGAAGUUUUGGCCAUGGGACACAGACAAGAUGGUGAGUGCAUCUAUCAAUGGAACAGUCACUCUUCAUGAUUUUGAAACCAAACAAGGCACUGUGCUUGCUGAUACCAUGGAUUCUUACGACCAUUGGUACUGCAGUCUGGAUGUCAACCCAAGUAGAUACCUUGUUGUUGCAGGAAGAAAUGGUGGAAUUUUGCAUAUGAUGUCUACAGAAGGCAGAAAGGUGUUUGAAUACCAUCUUCACAAGAAUAAGAUUACACAUGUGGAGUUUUCUCCCCGUGAAGAAUGGUUACUGUGUACAGCAUCUACAGACCAGACUGUUCAGAUGUGGGACGUUAGAUAUAUGAAGGACAGGAAAAGUGCUCUCCAUAUACUACGUCAUGAUAAACCUGCCAAUUCAGCAUAUUUCAGUCACACGGAUGGUUGUCGACUGCUCACCACUGACCAAAACAAGGAAAUCCGUGUAUAUAGAGCCCCAUUCUGGCACCUGGAGACAACAAUAGAACACCCACAUAGAUUCUUCCAACAUAUCAGCCCUUUCAAGGCUACCUGGCAUCCUCUGCAGGACUUGAUAGUUUGUGGACGGUACCCUGAUAAGAAGGUUGAAGGCAGCACAGGCUUUGAGUUACGUACUUUAGACAUUCUUGAUGCAGACACUGGUAGAAUUGUUUCUCAGCUGUAUAGUCAAGGAACAGAUGGGUUAUGUCCAUUGAACAAGUUUAACAAUCAAGGGGAUGCUCUGGCUUCAGGAAUGGGAUUUCAUAUUUUGUUAUGGAACAGAAAGCAGGAAGUUGCCAGGAAACAAUCAUUACUUACUGAAGCUAUGAUAAAUACCACUUAUUAUCCUGGGUCACAGAACUUAGCCUCAGGGUCAGCAGGGUCAAAUCAAAGGUCAAGGCAGCGUCCAAGGCAACAGAAGAAGAAAACUGACGAGGAUGUAGACGAUUUGAAAAAGAAAAUGAAAACAAAAACUAAAGAAAAAGUAGAAAAUGUGAAAGAGAAGAAAAAGUCCAAGAAAGAGAAGUGAAGCUAAACAAAGAAGCUAUUUAAGUGUUAGGAGUAAAGAGAAGAGAAUGUGUACAUGUGUUUCAUGUAUGUGGCUAAAAUUGCACAAAUUAAAGGCAAGAGUUCUGUCUCCGGAAUGUGUUUGUAUACACAGACUACUCGGAAUGUGAAGCGAAUUUAACCAGUAUUAAGGAUUUGUACUGGAUAGUGGAUGGAAAAAAGGAUAUAGCUGAACAGAGAGAGAAAAACAUUGAUUGAUGGUGGUGUAGAAUGUUGGCGAGUGAUGACAUUGGAAGCUCAGGGAGUUUGUACAGUAUAUCAUGUACAACACUAUAUCAUGUACAACACUAUAAUCAUGUACAACACUUAGUCUAUAUCAUGUACAUUUUUUAUAACAUAGUUGUUAGUAGUAUGUAUGGUCAUGCAAACUGUUAUGACAGACCAUCUAUAGUUAAGUGAUGUGGGAGAACUAAUUAGAAAAAAAAAGAGCUGAUUUGAAUCUUUCACAGAUAUUCACCCAGCUUGGCACCAGAUGCCUGUCAUUACUUUGUACAUGGUAUUGCUCAACCCUGCAAUGGGUAAACAUUGAUAAUACUUAAAAAAUGUGUUGUCAACUAUGUUAACAAAUUUAAGAUCUCGACUAUUUAGGAAAGGUGCAAAAAAUGUUACUGCAAGUGGGAAAAGUGGAACAAACACUCAGCACAGGAUAGUUUUAACGUUUGUUUACUGAAAAUAACCAACGUUUCGACUCUCACGAGUCUUCUUCAGGGUAACAAUAUCAGGGUACCAAUGUUGUAAAUUAUUUAUAAUGUGCUGAGUACUUAAUACUUACUAUUUUCAUACAUCUGUCUGCUCUAUAUCUUUUUAACCCAUUGGGAGGAUUUUAGAUAAUUUGAGCCGUUCCAUGAGAAAACCAACAUAGUGUGUUUGCGACCAACAUGGAUCCAGACCAGCCUGCUUAUCCGCGCAGUCUGGUCAGGCUCCAUGCUGUUCGCUAACAGUUUCUCCAGUUUCAAUAGGCUUUAAAAGCGAACAGCAUGGAUCCUGACCAGACUGCGCGGAUGCGCAGGCUGGUCUGGAUCCAUGCUGGUCGCAAACUCACUAUGUUGGUUUUCUCAUGGCACGGCUCAUUUUGCAGGUGUUAGACAUAAAGAGACAGCAUGCAGGAUAUAAGUUUCAGUUAAGUAUGUGUUAAGGUCAAUAGGCAUUAUUUCAUUUCCACUUUGUACCUUUUUACCCCUAUGAAAGAUUUUCAAGUAACUUAUUGUUAAUGUUUGCGAUUAUUAGACAAGGUGCAGAGCACAAUGCAUAGUCAUCAUUUGAGCCACACCAUGAGAAAACCAACAUAGUGCAGUCUGGUCAGGAUCCAUGUUGUUCGCUAAUGGUUUCUCUAAUUGUAAUAGGCUUUGAAAGCAAACAGCAUGGAUUCUGACCAGACUGCGUGGAUGCGCAGGCUGGUCUGGAUCCAUGCUGGUCGCAAAUGUAUUAUGAUAGUUUUCUCAUGGUGUGGCUCAUUUCUUAGCAAGGUAAACCUCCUACUGAGAGAUUAAACCUCGGAUAGGCAGUAAGUAAUGUAAUGGCUACUCUAUACAUUUUCAUCUGGUACAGAACACCAAAUGUUUUUCAUAAGAACUUUGUACGUAGACAUGUUUUCAAGGCUGAGGUUAAAUGUCAAAAAGGCAGCAUUUUGUGUCCACUCUGUACUUGGUUAUACCUUUAUAAGUUAUGUAUAAUUAGACAGUAUUGUGUUAUUAUGCCACUACAUCUCUGUGAGCUAUUGCCAGGAGCAAGGUAUAUCAUUGCACCCAUAUUAAUCAAAUAAAGCAAUAUAGGGGUUGCAUUAGAAAAAUCUAGUUGGACUGUCAGUUGUGUCAAAUAAUUAGAAACUUUGCUGUUACAUUUUUUCGUUAGUUAACAGCGAUGCCUUGUACCAGAUUGUAGUUCUGUCUAGAAUUGACAAGCAGUAAACUCACUGGAUGGGUGAGGGUUAGAAUUUGUCUUAAGGUUUUAAGGCUUUUUUUUAGCUCACCUGUCACAAAGUGACAAGGUGAGCUUUUGUGAUCGCGCAAGGUGUCCGUAAUCCUUCCGUGCGUCCGUAAACUUUUGCUUGUGACCACUCUAGAGGUCACAUUUUUCAUGGGAUCUUUAUGAAAGUUGGUCAGAAUGUUCAUCUUGAUGAUAUCUAGGUCAGGUUCGAAACUGGGUCACGUGCCAUCAAAAACUAGGUCAGUAGGUCUAAAAAUAGAAAAACCUUGUGACCUCUCUAAGGGCCAUAUAUUUCACAAGAUCUUCAUGAAAAUUGGUCAGAAUGUUCACCUUGAUGAUAUCUAGGUCAAGUUCGAAACUGGGUCACGUGGGGUCAAAAACUAGGCAGUAGGUCUAAAAAUAGAAAAACCUUGUGACCUCUCUAGAGGCCAUAUUUUUCAUGAGAUCUUCAUGAAUAUUGGUCAGAAUGUUUAUCUUGAUGAUAUCUAGAUCAUGUUCGAAACUGGGUCACGUAGGGUCAAAAAGUAGGUCAUUAGGUCUAAAAAUAGAAAAACUUUGUGACCUCUCUAGAGGCCAUAUUUCUCAAUGCAUCUUCAUGAAAAUUGGUCAGAAUGUUCAUCUUGAUGAUAUCUAGGUCAAGUUCGAAACUGGGUCACGUGGGGUUAAAAACUAGGUCAGUAGAUCUAAAAAUAGAAAAACCUUGUGACCUCUCUAGAGGCCAUAUUUUUCAUGAGAUCUUCAUGAAUAUUGGUCAGAAUGUUCACCUUGAUGAUAUCUAGGUCAAGUUCGAAACUGGGUCAUGUGGGAUCAAAAACUAGGUCAGUAGAUCUUAAAAUACAAAAACCUUGUGACCUCUCUAGUGGCCAUAUUUCUCAAUGGAUCUUCAUGAAAAUUAGUCAGAAUGUUCACCUUGAUGAUAUCUAGGUCAAGUUCGAAACUGGGUCAUGUGCGGUCAAAAACUAGGUCAUUAGGUCUAAAAAUAGGAAAACCUUGUGACCUCUCUAGAGGCCAUAUUUUUCAAUGGAUCUUCAUGAAAAUUGGUCAGAAUGUUAACCUUGAAGAUAUCUAGGUCAAGUUCGAAACUGGGUCAGGUGGGGUUAAAAACUAGGUCAGUAGAUCUAAAAAUAGAAAAACCUUGUGACCUCUCUAGAGGCCAUAUUUUUCAUGAGAUCUUCAUGAAUAUUGGUCAGAAUGUUCAUCUUGAUGAUAUCUAAGUCAGAUUCGAAACUGGGUCACGUGGGGUCAAAAACUAGGUCAGUAGGUCUGAAAAUAGAAAAAACCUUGUGACCUCUCUAGAGGCCAUAUUUCUCAAUGGAUCUUCAUGAAAAUUGGUGAGAAUGUUCAGCUUGAUGAUAUCUAGGUCAGGUUCGUAACUAGGUCAUGUGCGGUCAAAAAUAAAGUCAGUAGGUCGAAAAAUAGAAAAACCUUGUGACCUCUCUAGACGCCAUAUUUUUCACGAGAUCUUCAUGAAAAUUGGUGAGAAUGUUCACCUUGAUGAUAUCUAGGUCAAGUUUAAAAGUGGGUCACGUGCCUUCAAAAACUAGGUCAUUAGGUCAAAUAAUAGAAAAACCUUGUGACCUCUCUAGAGGCCAUAUUUUUCAAUGAAUCUUCAUGAAAAUUGGUCAGAAUUUUUUAUCUUGAUGAUAUCUAGGUCACAUGUGCUCAAAAACUAGGUCACUAUGUCAAAUAAUAGAAAUAACGAUGUCAUACUCAGUUGAACACUGGGUCAUGUGGAGAUAGGUGAGCGAUUCAGGACCAUCAUGGUCCUCUUGUUUUUUAACUAUUUGCUAGAGUAUUCUUGAAAAUGGAGAGGAAGGAAUUCAUUUGUCAUCACUGUUAAGACAUAUUGUUUUUUCCAGUCCGUCCGUCCGUCCCACUUGAUUUCCGAGCAAUAACUGGAGAACCAUUUGACCUAGAACGUUCUAACUUCAUAGGUUGGUAGGGCUUAUGGAGGAGACGACCCCUAUUGUUUUUGGGUCACAAGGUCAAGGUCACAGGGGCCUGAACAUGGAAUACCAUUUCCGAUCAAUAACUCGAGAUCAACUUCACCCAGAAUGUUGAAACUUCAUAGGAUGAUUGGUCAUGCAAAAUAGAUGACCCCUAUUGAUUUUUGGGUAAGUCUAUUAAAGGUCAAGGUCACAGGGGCAUGAAGAUGGAAAACCAUUUUCGUCCGUACGUCACACUUCAUUUCCGAGCAAUAACUGGAGAACCAUUUGACCUAGAACCUUUAAACUUCAUAGGUUGGUAGGGCUUAUGGAGGAGACGAUCCCUAUUGUUUUUGGGGUCACUCCAUCAAAGGUCAAGGUCACAGGGGCCUGAACAUGGAAAACCAUUUCCGAUCAAUAACUCGAGAACAACUUGACCCAGAAUGUUGAAAUUUCAUAGGAUGAUUGGUCAUGCAAAGUAGGUGACCCCUAUUGAUUUUGGGAUCACUCCGUCAAAGGUCAAGGUCACAGGGGCCUGAACAUGGAAAACCAUUUCCGAUCAAUAACUUGAGAACCACUUGACCCAGAAUGUUGAAACUUCAUAGGAUGAUUGGUCAUGCAGAGUAGAUGACCCCUAUUGAUUUUGUGGUCACUCUGUUGAAGGUCAAGGUCACAGGGGCCUGAACAUUGAAAACCAUUUCUGAUCAGUAACUUGAGAACCUCUUGACCCAGAAUGUAGAAACCUCAUAGGAUGAUUGAACAUGCAGGAGCAUGAGUAGAUGACCCCUAUUGAUUUUGGGGUCACUCUGUUAAAGGUCAAGGUCACAGGAGCCUGAAAAUGGAAAACAGUUUCCGAUCAAUAACUUGAGAACCACUUGACCCAGAAUGUAGAAACUUCAUAGGAUGAUUGAACAUGCAGAGUAGAUGACCCCUAUUGAGUUUUGGGUCAGUCUAUUAAAGGUCAAGGUCACAGGGGCCUGGUCAUGUAAAAUCAUUUCCGGAAAAUAACUUGAGAACCACUUGACCUAGAAUGUUGAAACUUAAUAGGAUGAUUGGACAUGCAGGGUAGAUGACCCCUAUUUAUUUUGGGGUCACUUGAUCAAAGGUCAAGGUCACAGGAGCCUGAACAGUGACUUGAGAACCACUAGGUCAAGAGUGUUGAAACUUAGCGGGAUGACUGGACAUGCCAAGUAGAUGAUCCCUAUUGCAGCCAACCAUCAGUGUCUCUUUGACUUUCGCUCCUGACCCCUAUUGACUUCUUGCCUAUAGGACUUUGCAUUGGGGGAGACAUGCGCUUUUUUACAAAAGCAAUUUCUCAUGCAUCAAAAGGCACAAAUUGACGAUUUUAGAUUAAAAAGCUAGAAGUGGUAUGUAGUAAAGGUAUUGGCAAUUAAAUAUACUAAUAAUAAAACUUGAAUGCUAAUUUUAGAGUAAACUUAAGUCUCUUUAAAAUGUACUUUAUCAGUGAUUCGUUCUUGAGGAAAUAGAGUGAUUAGGGAGGCAUAAAAAGUAGGGGGUUUGGGCGGGGGGAGGGGAUCAUAAAUCUGGCAAUUUAGUUAUUAUGGCCUUGCGGUAUUUGAGUAUAAUUUACAGUGUUUUUGAUAAUGAGGGUAUUUUACAAGUUAUCGUGUUUUAACAGAUAGAUUUUAAGGCUGAACAGUUCACUGCCAUUGCUAUUGAUGUGUUCAUUAAAAUUGAAUUUGUAUCUUGUUGAUCCAAGAAUUUCAUAUAUUUUAUUACCAUGAUUAUAUUUUUACACAGUUUGAAUAAAAGUAGAACAAGAAA